GGAAAUUCAGUUGUGUUCUGAUAGAAAAUGGAAAAAUAGAAUAGAAAAAAAAUCGAGACAAUAUGAGCGUUGUGGAAAAGGUGGAAGACCCUCGAUGGAAAAUACGAGAGAAGUGUUCAGACUGCAUUAGAGGUCCAAAUUUGAUAAAAACCCUCGUCGUUAUAGUAUGUGUGGGCAUUGUUCUGCAACAGAUAAUAGCAAGUGUACAGAAGAUGAUAGACAUUCCUAUUACCACUUACACUCACUUCGAUUUCAACAAGACCCUGGACUACCCCAGCAUCACGGUCUGCAAGGACCCGCCCUACAAAUAUGACAAAAUUAAGGAAUACGGUCUGUACGGUCACCCUUCGAUUACAUCGGAAUGGAUAAAAUUUGAUUUUGAAAACAAUAAUCUGGACGAGGUGUGGGACAAUAUCACGUUUAAUGCGAACGACAUAUUUGUGCAGUACGGUCUUGAGGGAUACGCCCAUAAUGUGGAAUUAAUACCAGUAAUGGGUUUUAACAUGGGUCGCUGUUACACCAUGUCUCCAAAAAUUGUGAGCAAACACGUGUCCCAGGGGACAGGGUAUGCCAUGACGAUGCGGCACAUUGCUCGGGAAGUGGAAACCACCGUCAGUAUCAUCCCACCAGGAUACCAUGUCUACAUACACUAUACGAAGGAACCUUUUACCGAAGUAAGAGUGUACAACGGUGGGAUGGUGGAGUACUUGUAUUUGAACGUGGGAGAGACCCUGAGGGUGAAAGUGACGGUGGACGAGUACAAGAUGAUCAGCAGCAGCGAUGAUCCUUGCAUCAACAGGUUCAACUAUAGCGCUAAUGAGUGUACCACUAGAUACGUAUGGCACCUGGCAACUGAAGCAGUCGGAUGUUCAGGCCCAUGGAUAGAGAGUCCAUUGCCUCGUUGUAAUAACUAUACCACUAUGAGGGCCCUUAUCGUUAAAUACAGGAACAUCUUUGAGGCACACAACUGUACGACAUGUCCUCGUAUCUGUCGCUCGCUCCUAUACAACGGUUUCGUGACGGACAGACAGAAGUAUUAUUUUUGGGACAGCAAUACCAAGUUGUGGUCGACAGCCAAUGGUGCCGCAGCUUUGGAAACACAUUUAUACGUAAACUUCAACAGUAUGAUGGUCUCUGUGUACGAGGAGCGCUACAAUUACGACUGGAACCUCUUUGUGUCGGACCUUGGAGGUAGUAUUGGCUUUCUUCUAGGUCUUUCCGUGAUAGGUCUAAUGCAGAUCUUCGGUAAGACUUGGCGUUACUUCAUAAAGCCGUUCAUCAAGUGUGACAAGAAGUCCAGGUCUGUCAGCAUCACGUCUGCUACCACGGCUGAUGUGAAGACCAUCAGGCAAGAGUACAUAGACACGUGGAAUGACAACAAUACAGCAUUCAAUAAGUUUUAAUUUAUUUAAUUUUGUACUUUGUCGUCUUUGAUAUAGUG